AUGAUUCUUUUGUGCACGAUACGCCCUCAUAGGUACGGCAGUGACGCCAUCGAGGGUCUCACCGUGUGGGGCAAGUGGGACUCGGAACUGUACUUUAAGCACAACGAGGACAUCGAGGGAGAGCACGGCUGGUCGCACUUCCGUAAGAGCGGUUUCUCGGAGGGCAGACUCGUGCGUAUCGACAACAACUUCGGCGCUUUCGUGGGCGUGGUGGACAUGUCCGCCUACAUGGACAAGCACGAUAUCAACGCUAGCGCCGUCGGAAAAAGGCGUCCGUUCGAGAAGCCUCUGACCGGGUUCAAGCACUACGUGGAGACAGGUUGCGAUGAGGGUCUCGACAUCGCCAUCACGCAUGUCGUCCCGAUCUACCUCCUUGGAGAUUUCAACCACCGCAAGUACAUCAGCGUCAACAGAAACGCCAAGCAGGAGAUGGCACCCCCGCGGCCGGGAAAGUUCGAUGACGAGGGCUACAGGAAGCUGCACCCGGAGAUCGAGGACGAGGGUUUGGAGCCGUUCGAGCAUUUCAAGGCCAACAGGCGGAGCGAAAUCUGCGUGCGCGGAAGAGCGGGCAAGGUGGUACAAGCGAAAGUACCAGAAGAAGUUUAG